UGGGUAAGGAAGAAAAUUUGUUUUUACAUUGAACAACAAAAUUGAUUGUUUGUUUUUUGAGUGCAGCAUGGAAAAUACUUUCAUAGAACUUGGCCUUAACGAAUGGCUGUAUACUCAGUGUAAAGCUAUGGGGCUUUCCAAGCCGACUCCAAUUCAGAUAAACUGUGUCCCGCCAAUUCUCGAAGGUAGAGACUGUAUAGGAUGUGCCAAGACAGGAAGUGGAAAAACUGCAGCAUUUGCAUUACCAAUCUUACAGAAACUGUCUGAGGAUCCUUAUGGAAUAUUUGCUUUGGUAUUAACACCAACUAGAGAGUUGGCCUUCCAGAUAGCAGAACAGUUCAAUGUAUUAGGAAAACCAAUAGGUGUUAGAGUCAGUGUUAUAACUGGAGGAUUAGAUAUGAUGAAGCAAGGAAUAGAUUUAUCAGUAAAACCACACAUUGUUAUAUCAACACCAGGCAGACUGGCAGAUCAUUUACAAAGCUGUGAUACAUUUAGUUUAAAGAAGAUUAAAUUUCUGGUAUUAGAUGAAGCAGACAGAUUGAUAGAAGAUGAUUUUGGUGAACAGCUAGAGGUAAUAUUUGAAGUUUUACCAAAGAGGAGACAAACAUUACUUUUUAGUGCUACAAUGACAAAGAACUUAGAAGACAUGCAAGAUUUAGCCAUGACAAAACCUUUCUUCUGGCAACAAAUAUCACAAGAAUCGACUGUCGAAGAGUUGGAGCAGUAUUAUAUCCUGAUGCCUGCAGAUGUGAAGGAUGCCUAUUUGGUUCAUACCCUGGACAAAUAUCUAGAGAAAAACAAGAAAAGUUCUGUUAUUAUAUUCACCAAUACUUGCAAAUACACACAGAUUCUUGGGAUUAUAUUAUCAGAACUUGGAAUGCAGUGUGUGGUGUUACACUCCAUGAUCAGACAAAAGGAAAGAUUAGCCUCUCUUGCUAAGUUUAAAUCAAGUCAAGUCAGCAUAUUGAUUGCUACUGAUGUAGCCAGUAGAGGAUUGGAUAUUCCAACCGUAGAUUUGAUUAUUAACCAUAAUGUACCAAACAGACCUAAGGACUAUGUACAUAGAGUUGGACGUACUGCUAGAGCAGGACGAUGUGGUAAAUCCAUUACCCUGGUAACACAAUUUGAUGUGAAAUUGGUACAUUCGAUAGAAGCUUUUGUCAAAAAGAAGAUGGAAGAAUGGCCUAUAGAAGAAAAAGAAGUCAUGAAAAUAUUGGUUGAAGUAGCAACAUCUAAAAGAGAGGCUCAGAUUAGGUUAGAUGAGCGAGAUUUUGGUGAACAGAAAGAAAUAAAUAAGAGGAAAAGAAUGAUAAUGGAAGGAAAGGAUCCAGAAAAAGAAGAACAAAAGAAACAGAAAUUUAUAAAAGAGAAAACAAAGGAAAGAAAGAAAAACAGAGACUUGAAGAAAAAAGAGAAAGUUUGAAAUUUUAAUCUUACAGUUACAAGCAUUCUGUGAUAUUGAUGUUGACCUGUUAAAAGGUUAAAGGAAGUAAAGCUAAAAACUAUUGAAUCGGUAAAAGAUCUUAUGUUAUAUACUGAUACUGACAGUGUCACAUAGUUAUACAUCAUUGACCAAGAAGCUGAAUUUUCCUUUAAUAAAUUCAGUAAAGAAUUUGUCAUAAGUUAAUCUAGUCAGCAAAAUAUUCAUCAAUUUAAGAAAUGGUCAAUCACUACAUUUAUUUGGAUAUGCAAGUACAUGAAAUUGUAUUCUAUAUGUAAAAUUAUAUAGAUAAUGUGUUUUCUUGUCUUUUGCUUAUCUUGUCUGAAGAGCUGGUGUAAGGGACUGAUAGUUUAAUGGUCCUCAACAAGAUACACAGUCAAUGACUACUACCAUCAUGAUAUGGGUAAUUUUGAACCAUACUAGAUCUAAAUCAUUCAUAGGAUAUCUUGUAUAUGUAAUAGUCAGACAUUUGUUAAAAAAUAAAUUUUUACUAAAUAAGUUAUAGUUUUGUUAUUUGUAUCUGAUCUGUAGAGUAAAGUCUGGCAUUACUGGCAUUCAGAUCAAGUCAAAGUCAAACAUAGAUCUUAUGUGUGAAACAUACUUUUGGAGCCACUGAAUAUCAAAUAUGAAAAUCUGGCUUGAGAAAUUAUUUAUUGAUUUGUAACAGAUAC